AUGAAUCCUUCAAGCAAAGCGGCGCCAAUGACAAAAGAUGAGACGAUGCUCCUCGUGCAGCUUGUGGCGGGCGUGGCGGCAAGUGCAUUUAUAAAUAACAAAGCAACAAAUGCCACUAAUAACAAACUCAAGGACCAGGCUUGGCAAACAUUAGCUGUUGAUUUUAAUUCGUCAGUUUCAAGUUACCAAAGAACUCCAGCGCAGCUACGUUUAAAAUGGGGUAACUUGAAGAAGGCCGCUCGUAAACGCUGCGCAAACAUGAGAAUCAGCCGUAAUAAGACCGGAGGAGGGAAUGACUACUUUCCACCUGACGAAGUCCUGGACAAAGUGGCAUCUUUAUUAGGCAACACAUGCACAGGUUUUUCUGUGGAGUUUGGUGGGGAUGCCACCAUUCCAAACGUUUCUUUGGUGAUGGCUGAAAUAGAGAAUGAUGUAGAGGUGAUAUGUAAUGAAACGCUAGAUGAUGCUGAUGGUACUUAUGGUGGAGGUGGUGAUAAGAGGGAGGUGUUGAAAGAAACACAAUUACUUGAGACACCUCCCCCCCCUAAACAUAAAAAUUUUUACAUAAGUAAAGCUAGUGGCAGUGGUGCAUUGGCCAAGCGGAAACAAAGGAUGGAAGAGGAAAAGUGUAAGGCCCGCAUUAUGAGGGAAAAUGCUCUUACCGAAUAUUUAGUUGUUAAGAAAAGAAAAAUCGAAUUAGAAAAUGAGGAAAAGGAGUUACAUAUAGCUAAACUUAAGUUAGAAUUAGAUAAGGCUAGAUUAGAAAAUUAA